AUGACAACACAGGCUGCCGAGAAGCACGACGCCCUGACGGUAUGGGCCAACGACACAACUCACGACUUCUACUACCCUCCUUCCGAUUUACAAGUACCAGACGAUCCAGUCAGAACGGGACCUGGUCGCGCAUGGGAUGAGGCCGACUUCGCGAAGAAACAAGCGUCACUGGCCUACGCAGUCAACAAGAAGACACCACCACACGCCGGAAGAUUUCCCAUUCGGACUAAACUCCAACCUCUCGAUAGCGGCUCGAAGAAAACGAUCUUGACCAACCAUUUCCAGCUGAAGACGCGCGACAAGGAACUCUACGAGUACGAAAUUCUCGAUCUCGACGCGGACAGUCCGACUCGGAAAAAGAUCCAGGCUUUGUUUCGUAAAGCAGUCGAUACAUGGCCUUUCCUCAACGCCCACCAGGACAGUUUCGCUACAGACGGCCAGAAAACCAUCGUAUCUUGGAAAAGCCUGCACAGUAACAUGGACCCUAGCACGCUCGAAGCAGGCGCUUCAUCUACUUGGCGCCGCGAUCUUGUAGUCAAUAGCGCUAUUACCAUCGCAGCGCGUUUCAGCUUCGUUGGAACGGUCGAUGUUGCUGGUCUCAUCCAGCAGAGCGAGAGUAACCCGGACCAAGAAAAGACUGACCAUACUUCUGCGGAGCGGUGUCUUAACAUCCUUAUUGCGAAGAGCUUUGACGCAAGCGUAGUCCGGCUUUCUGGAAAGAAAUUCUACGUAAGAAAAGCUCGCGCAAACCUUGGAAGUUCCACGUCGCUUGAGAUCAUUCGAGGCUACCAUUACGCUGUCAGGCCGGGUAUGGGAAACCUGCUCAUGAACUUCAACGUUGCGACUAGUGCAUUCUUUCGUCCAAUCCUUGUAAGCGAGUUUCUUGCGGAUCGUGGCACCUUCAGCAGCGACUGGGAACGACAAGUCAAUCUCAAAACUCUCCGGGUUUAUGUAGAGUUCCCUCAUUCUGAGGAUCGCCUGAACAGGCCAGGUGCUCGUAUCAAGAAGAUCAAGGAUCUUGGACCCGCUAUCGGCACUCUGUCCUUCCGGAAAGUAUCCAAAGAUGCCCAAGGACAACCGAUAAGGGACAUAACCCAACCAGGUGGUUGGCAACUCGAUCCUCCUACUCAGGUAGUUGAUCAUCUGAUGACAGGCAAGAAGACUCAUCUAUAUUUAUCUGCCGUCCCAGGUCGAAAGGCUGUCAACGUGGGAUCAGCUGGUGACCCGGUCUAUUACGCUCAAGAAAUGCUUCGCAUCAUUCCUUACCAACUGUACACACGUCCUGUUCCCGAUCGAUUUACCCGCAACAUGGUCGAGAUGGCUGCACUUGAUCCAGGUCAGUCGCAGUGGCUCAUCGAAAAUGAAGGCCUUUCUCAACUUGGGUUUGCCAACGCUAGGAAUGAGGAGGUUCAGUUUCGUAAUGAUGUCCCACUGUCCUUGUAUCCGACGAUGCUACAGGUACCUUCCACAACAUUGUCCUACCCUGAAGUCCAGUACCAAUGGAAUACGUUUCGUCCUGAGAAAGACAAGAAGGCGAACGACAAACCUCCAUCCUUUACGCAGUCCGCUUGGAACCUGCAACCCUUCACAGCUUUCUACACCCCUAAAGUACAGACGUUGAAAUACUUUGUCAUUCAUUCAUUGGAUUCGACAGUCCCCGUGGCCGGUUUCGAGACGGAGUUGCAAGACCAAAUGCUCCGAAGAUGCCAUACGAAGGCCGAGGGGGUAGUCCGCUUGAAUGCCAGCGAAGCUGCAAGUGAACUCAAAGGCUCUUCCUUGGAACUAAGAAUGAAGCAAGCUAAAGAAUCCGGGGCUGAGCUGGCGGUUUUGUUGCUUCAGAAUUUCGACCGCAGCGCUUACUCGGAGUUCAAGAACCUGGCAGAUCGCAAGUAUGGGCUACGCUCUCUCUGUUUAGCAAAGCCGGCGCUAUUCUCGAACUCCAAGUACAUGAGCAACGUUGCUCAGAAGAUAAACAUCAAGUUCGGUGGUGUGAACUCUUACGUGGCGAAGGUCAAAUCUUUCUUGGAGACAAAGACGCUCGUUCUGGGUGCAGAUCUAGUACAUCCCCCAGCUGGAGCACUCGAAGAUACACCCUCUAUUGCCUGUAUGGUUGGUUCUAUCGACAAUCACGGCGGCUGUUUCCCGGGAUCUGCCCGACUCCAAAGCAAGGACCGAGACGACCGAGAGAUAAUUGACGAAGAGAACAUUAUGUCAAUGGUCAAAGAGAGGAUUAAGGCCUGGCGGGUUGACAAGGGGGGUCUUUUCCCUCUGAACAUCAUCUAUUAUCGCGACGGAGUGUCCGAAGGACACUACCAGAAGGUAGUGAGCGUCGAGCUGAAAGCCAUUCGCCGAGCAUGGAGAGAAGCACAGGCCGCUACCAACACCAUCCUACUGCGCGGUGACAAGGAUGUGAAACUUACGGCUUUGGUGGGUGUGAAACGCCACCAUACCCGCUUCUACCCGAUGACAGACAAGGAUGCGGACACUGAAUGGGGAAACAACAAUUGCCUUCCUGGCACCUAUGUGGACCGAGUCGUCACCUCGCCAUACUAUCGAGACUUCUAUCUCCAGUCUCACAGCGGUGUCAAGGGUACAGCGAGACCAACUCAUUACUUCAUGCUCGCGGACGGAAAGAUUCCUAAUUGCACCACCAUCGACUCACUUCGGACGCUAACUCACAGUCUCUGCUACACUUACUGCCGAGCCACGGGCGGUAUCUCUUACGCGGCCCCAGCCUACUAUGCCGACCGCUUGUGCGACCGAGCACGUCUCUACCUCCCCGAGUCCUGGGCCGCCAACAACGUGGGGCUUCAGGCCAGUAUCGAUACUGCAAGGACCAACCACUCGACUGCACUGCAUAAUGCGAAGUCUAACACGGAGCUUGCGGAUGAAGCGCAAGACGAGGACAGUCUUCGCGCGUUCACCAAGGACUUCGUCAUACAGCAUGCCAAGAACGAGUUCUACGAGUACAAGACUGACCAAACGGGAAACCCUUGGCACGAGUCUCUCGACAGGGUCAUGUUUUGGAUGUGA